GUCAAACCGCCAUCAUGGAACAGUUAUGAAACGCUUAAACAUCUGUUUCUUUACACUGUUUUACCCGCCAUUUCAUCCAUUUGAUCAUCAUUAUUCAUCAGUCAUCAUCCACUGACCAUUAUCCGAUUCCAGUAUCCAGCUUUGUUGUUCAGCUUCUAUUUUAAAAUCUAAAUCCUUCGUUACUCAUUAAUUGUUCAGUUAAAACUUAAAUCACUUAAUCUGUCUUUACGUCAAUUAAUUCGCUCGUUAUAUUGUUAUUUUAGUAAAUAUACUCGAGUUCUUGUAUUAUUCAUAUCACUUGUAAUUCUGUUUUUUUAAAUUUUAUUUGCGGUUUCAACAUGACCACGUUCUUGGAACUUUGCCGUAAAUAUUUCAACACCAGCAAUCUAUAUGAAGUGUUGAAUACGAGCAAGGAUGCUACAGACAAAGAAGUUCGGAAAGCGUAUUAUGUGCUGUCAAUGAAAUACCAUCCCGAUAAAGUAGCUGAGAAAGAAAAAACUGAAGCUACUGAAAAAUUUAAAAUCAUCAGUCGAAUACAUGCGUUACUCAGUGAUGCUGAUCAAAGGAAACUGUACGAUGACACAGGAUGUGUUGGUGAUGAUAUUGAUCCCAACUCGGCUACAGAAGAUUUCCCUUGGGAAACCUAUUGGAGUUCAAUAUUCAGAAAAAUUACUGAUAAUGAAAUCAGAGAUUAUGAAUUAAAGUAUAAAGGUUCUGAUGAUGAAAAAAGAGAUCUUAAAAAAGGAUAUUUAGCAGGUAAAGGAGAUAUGGAAUUUAUUAUAAACAUGGUUCCGUUUAGUUCUGUGUAUGAAGAAGAUCGUCUUCGCGAAAUUUUAGAAAAAAUAAUUGAAGAAGAAGAUUUACCAAAGUUCAAAGCAUUUAGUGAUGAACCUCCUUCAAAAAAAAGAAAAAGAUUAGCGAAAGCUAAAAGGGAAGAAGCUCAGUGCAAAGUAGAUAUGAAAAAUGAAGAAAAAAAUAGUUCUAAUGAUUUAAUGGUUGCAAUUAAAAAGCGAUCAGCUGAACGGGAACAACAAAUGGACAAUUUCUUUGCUAGAAUGGAGGCUAAAUAUUGUACACCCAAAAGAAAUAAGAAAAAUGUUAAAAAAACAUAGUGAUAUUGUAAAGUAUCUUUAAGAUUAUUUUUUAUGUAAUAUUGUGUAUAUAUUUAUCUAUAAAAUAUCUCAUAGUACCUAUUCUAUAUUAGACCUGUGAAAGAUUGAAAUCACAAUUUUUUAAUAAUAUUAAUAUUGUAAAUAAUUAUAUAGACAAACUUUGAAAGUUGUAAAUUAAAAUUAACAUUUAUGAUUCUAA